GCGGCGGCGCGUGUGGGCGCCCGUCUCGUUCCUCCGCCCGUUCUCCCCGGGUCGCACCCCCCACCCCGAGGGUGUACUUGGUACGGCCCGCGCCGCCUCCUUUCCUCGCCCGGGUGGCCAUCCCCCUCCCCCCAGUCGGCGGCGCUUGGUGCCGCCCGGGAGAACCAGGUCAUCGGUCGGUUCCCGUGAAAACAAAAACAAUCGGCCGCGCCGUCGCGGGCACCCGAACGUCGCGAGCUGGGCCUGGGGACGCGGGGCCGAGUGGAGCGAGCGAACGGGAGCAGCGGCGACGCGCCGGGGGCCCAGGGCGCCAUGGGGCAGGCGGGCUCCGGCUGCGCGGGGCUCCCCAGGCGCCGCGGCUAGUGCGCCCGCCGCCUCGGCCGCCUCAGCCUCCCGCGCCGCCCGCUUGGGAGACGAGGAGCAGGACGCGGUCUCGGCAGGGCCCGGGCCGAACGGCUGCGGACACCCGGGCGCCGAGUAGCCGAGCGCCGCCGCCUUCGGCAUGGAUCAGUGCGUGACCGUGGAGCGCGAGCUGGAGAAGGUGCUGCACAAGUUCUCGGGCUACGGGCAGCUGUGCGAGCGCGGCCUGGAGGAGCUCAUCGACUACACCGGCGGCCUCAAGCACGAGAUCCUGCAGAGCCACGGCCAAGAUGCUGAAUUAUCAGGGACACUUUCACUUGUUUUGACACAGUGCUGUAAAAGAAUAAAGGAUACUGUUCAAAAAUUGGCCUCAGACCACAAAGACAUCCACAGCAGUGUUUCUCGGGUUGGAAAAGCCAUUGAUAAGAAUUUUGAUUCUGACAUUAGCAGUGUGGGAAUAGAUGGCUGCUGGCAGGCAGACAGCCAAAGGCUUCUCAAUGAGGUGAUGGUGGAGCACUUCUUUCGACAAGGAAUGCUGGAUGUAGCUGAGGAGCUCUGUCAGGAAUCUGGUCUUUCUGUAGACCCAAGUCAGAAGGAACCAUUUGUGGAGUUAAAUAGAAUAUUAGAGGCAUUAAAGGUCAGAGUUCUGAGACCUGCUCUGGAGUGGGCAGUGUCAAACCGGGAAAUGCUUAUAGCUCAAAACAGCUCCUUGGAAUUUAAGCUACACAGACUGUAUUUUAUUAGCUUGUUAAUGGGUGGAACCACAAAUCAGCGAGAGGCAUUACAAUAUGCUAAAAAUUUUCAGCCAUUUGCCCUAAAUCAUCAAAAAGACAUUCAGGUUUUGAUGGGAAGCCUUGUGUACCUGAGACAAGGGAUUGAGAACUCACCAUAUGUUCACCUACUUGAUGCAAACCAGUGGGCUGAUAUCUGUGACAUCUUUACACGGGAUGCUUGUGCCCUCCUGGGGCUCUCCGUGGAGUCCCCUCUCAGUGUCAGUUUCUCAGCAGGUUGUGUGGCACUGCCAGCUUUAAUUAACAUCAAAGCCGUGAUUGAACAGAGGCAGUGUACUGGAGUUUGGAAUCAGAAAGAUGAAUUACCUAUUGAAGUGGACCUUGGUAAAAAGUGCUGGUAUCACUCUAUAUUUGCCUGCCCCAUUCUUCGUCAGCAAACAACAGAUAACAAUCCACCCAUGAAAUUGGUCUGUGGUCAUAUUAUAUCAAGAGAUGCCCUGAAUAAAAUGUUUAAUGGUAGCAAAUUAAAAUGUCCCUACUGUCCAAUGGAACAAAGUCCAGGAGAUGCCAAACAGAUAUUUUUCUGAAGAGAUAACUUUAGUUUGCAGUUUGUAAGUGAAACUGAAUCGUGGGUGCAUUUCAGAAGAGAACGUUCCAUAUAAUGCAGCUAACCAAGGACUCCUGUGUUUCUAUAAGCUAAUGCUCCAGAAACUUUGCCAACCUGUUAGUGUACACACACUGAGGGGAGUGCUCCCGGUGAAUAUUACCAUAGGGCUUUAUUAUAUUCUUGGUCUUCAUUUCUGAUCAAGUAAAUACACCAGCAGUUGUCAUUCAAUGCAGGUUUUUGUACUUAAUUAUAUGGUGAUUUUUUUACUUUUUAAGAGCAGAAAAGGAAAUUGACCUCCCCGCCAUGUGUUUAAUAUUUCUCCUGCUUUUACUUUUGUCAUUUUCUUGAUAAUCGUAAGCCUUGAGAGUGUUUGUGAAAAAGUUUUAUUUCCUGUUAUGUAUACAUAAUUAAAUGAAAAUUCUUCAGAAAAAGUUUGAUAAAUGGAAUUGUGGUUAUGAAACUAAUUUGCAUUUUUAUUUGCUUAAGAAAGAAAGCUGUGAUAGAUUCCAGAUUUGCUUUUUGAUGUUUUCCUCUGCUCCAGCUCCAAGAAGUCAGCACACCUGCAUUUUAGCUCUGCAUGCAGCCCCAGCAGGCUGCGUGUUUAAGAAUUUCAUUGUUUAACCGGCUGGUGUGAGAAGUCUUCCGUUAGCAUAGAGUGGAAGGAGUACUAUUGUUUGGUUGGGGUUUUUUUUUUUUUUUUUUUUGCUUUUAUUGCCAAGAGGUGCUUGUUUUAAAAGUAUGUUUAAUAAAAUGAAAUUCUAAAGUUAGAAGUGUUCUUAAGUUGAUAUUUGCUCUCUUGGUCUUGGUAGCCCUAUUAUAUCAUUGCAGACACAGUGUUGUGCAUGUGUGUAUUAUAUAUGUGCACCAGCAUCAAACAUUGUGUAUCUGGAAGGAAAGCAGCAUGUUCCAGUUCUAAAAUGCAGUUACCAGACCCAUCACUUUAAAUCCUUAAAGUUAGAAGCUAGCAAAUUUUCUCUAGUGCAGAACGUUUAUUGCUGUUUUUGUGUUUGAAUAGUAUAAUGUUUGAUGCCUCUCUUCUGCAAAGUGUAUCAUCUCAUUGACUGUGAAUCUGUAUAUUAUUCUAAUGGAUACAGAUAAUGAUCUUUUCUCUUGUGAGGUAUCUUGAUUUAAUGCACUGUCCAAAAAAUAGCCAUGUGUAAGAGUCUCUCUGUAUGACGAACUACAUGGAAAAAACUUCUGUGGACAUAAUUCUGACCGAAACCCAUGCAGUUACUUCAGUAUAAGAAGAAUGUUACACGGAAAUCACCAAAUAUUUUGCAACUUUAUUUCAUCUGACAUAGAGUGAACAUCAAUAGGAAUACUUUCAAAGAAAAUGAAAAAAGAAAACACAGAAGCAAAGAGAAAUGUGGCACUUCACAUUUUAAACUACAGAUGGACUUGGUUCGAGGGAGGGGGAAUCACAGAUUUGGUGCUAAGUUAAUUAGAAACUGGCAGCGUUUUACAGUAGUACACCAGCCUGGAUGUUUUUUCUGAAAUGUUUACCUGGGAGAGCUGGGGUUGGUUUGUGAGGAGAAAGAGUACUGUGGAAAACCUCUGCAUGAGUACCGUGUGGCCAAGUCUACGUGGAUGGCUACUCCGUGCUGUGCGGGUUCACCAGCGCUUGGGAUUGGCCCAGCUCGGAGUGCUUGUGUGGUCCAACCUCAGUCUGGCCCCAUAGUGACUUUUGCCCCAUGAUUCUGCUUCACUGUUGGAAUCUUCUUUGAAGUUCCCCCUCUCUUUACUAAAGCAGUGAAGGAAGAGAACAGAGACAAACUCUUUGGACUGUGAAAGAGAAGGUAGAGAAUUCCAGGCAACGGUCUGACCAAGGGUGUAAACCAGUUUAUUAUAUAUAUAUUUUUCCUUUGAAUUAAAACCUAGAGUGUUGUAUUUUUGUUUCUUUUUUCUUUUUUUUUUUUUUUCCCCUUUUUCUCUUUAGGCCAAGUUUAGCUUAUUCUCAUCUUUCCACCACCCCAAACACCUACACAACGUUUAGGCUUCCUGUAAGGUUUGAAUGAGACAGGUGUACUCUGAAGGCUGGUGGUAAAUGUGUUUGAUGACCAGACACUUCAUACAAUCGGCUCGGGCCACUUCUAAGGACAAAAGCCAGAGCUCAGCUUUAUGCCUCUCCCAGUGCUGGGAGCCAAAAAACUGUUGACGGUUUUUUGUGCAGCUCAAGAAAACUUUGAAAAGAACAUGCUUUAACUGAAGCAUUGGACUCUGCAGCUUUCUAUGUAAGGCCUGUGUACUCCCACUGGGCAGGGUGAGGACCAAAAAUCUGAAACUGUUGUGAAUCUGACAUAUUACAUGGAAAUUAUAUCUUGUGACCGUCUUUAAGUGCAUGGACUUAAAAUUCAUGAGAGACUAAAUGUGAGGGAGAGGUGGAUUUAAAGAGGCCAGACCUUAACCAAAGAUGCUGAGAUACAGCAUUCUGUCCUCCCUACCCUAGAAACUCCAUAAAUGCUGUCACAACCCUAUCAUCACUGAUGCUUUCUGCAUGUCAGCAGUCCAGGAGGAUGCUUUUUGUCUCUCUUUGCCUCCACUUUACAAAAGAUAAUAUGAUAGAGGCAACGUUUAUAACAGUCACAUUUAAUUAUAAUGUACAUCAAAGACAGAAUUUCAGAAUGGUUUCUUAAAUUUCCUUGGGAACCGUUUCCACAUAUCAGUUAUAGACAAAGGCCAUGGGACUAUGCUAAACCAAUAAAACCUUAUUAGCAAAUCUUUAGAUUCCGACUUAGCCAGAGCAUCUGAGUGUUCAAGUACAGUUUUACAGUGGCUAAGGUUGUCUCUUGAUCUUUUUUCUCCGUUGUGUGAUCACAGAUGCUAUUUCUGUUUUAUUGGUGAUUAUACAAGACUUCUAAUACAUAAAUGAACGGGUAUUGGUGCCUCUUUAUUUUAAAAAUUUUGAAGAAAAGAGCCACCUCAUAUUCAUAGGGUGUGUAUUUUUUGAGUGUGUGAGCAUUUAAUUGAAAAUAAGAAAGUUAUGAAGUAAAUCUUAACUUUUCUGUAGCAGCUAAUGUAUACAGAGACACUAAAACCCACACCACAUUUUGUGGGAGAUGAGGAUCCUCUUUUGUCCUCUCCAGGUAGUCUCGCAGGUUAUGCAGCUUAAGUUCAGUCUUCUUUAUGCUGUGAUUGAUUUCCACCUCAGUGGCUUAGCCUUUGGGACAGUGGACACUGCAACAGCCAAGAACUUGGUUAUCCGCACAAGCUGCUGGUAGACUACAUUAGCCCUCUGGUUUUCCAGCUCAACCUCUGAUAAAGUGGACUGACAGCCACGCUGCUCAGUCUGUUUAGUCAGCCGACUCAGGUUAUUUUCAGGGAAGGCAUGGAGGCAUAGUUUGGUUAGUUUCAUCACUAGGAUGUAUAAGGUGACGACACAAACCAAAUACCUUUCUUUCAUCACUUAACUAUAUGUACUUUAUCUCUGGUAACACUAGAAUGCUGUGGUCUUGAGGGAAUGUUAGCAACGAACGCAUAGAAGGUUUGGUGUUUCAUAAGCCUGUCUAGCUGUGUCAGGUUUUGUGUGGUACACUGAUGUUUAUCAUAAGCAGGUACAAGCUUCAUGAACCGUUCUUAAUGAACUAUAAUUGAAUAGAUACCAAAAAUAGAAUGACAAAUGUAUUUUAAUAGCAGAUGAGGCAGUUUUAGGAUGAAUUUUCCACUGUUGAUUUUACUUCAAGACAUAGCAAGAGAAACAAAAUUUUGUUUUCAAGACAUUUCCGCUACAGUUUCAAGCUGUAGUGGGCAUAUGCUUCAUUUACUUCCAAAGAGGCAAAAGCAGCUGGAAUUGGCUUACAGCACAUGCUUUGUUUCAUGUUAUGGGUGAGGACCUACAUACACUCUUAUUUUAGCAGUCACUUAACCUUCUCCAGCAAGGCAGUUGUGGGGUUCACUAGGAUUUAGUGCCUGAUCUUUUUUUUGGGAAGGGGCGGGAAUGAAUGUGUUGGGGCUGGGAGGGAAGCAGAAGAAAAUGGGAGCGUGAGUGAGUGUGCAUGUGUCUGAAGUUCACCAUUGCCCCCACCUGCACCUAGCAAGGAACAGGUGUUUGAUGUAUUUUGCUCAUGACUGCAGUAUGCAUGUAUUUUUUUCCUUCUCUGUGUUUUCUAAACUUACACUAAAGGAUUCAUCAAAUCAUCUUGUUCAGAUGGCUCAGGAUUGUAUUUAUUUUGCUUACCCCGUGCUCUUGGGUUCUAUAGUAUUUCUAUAAUUAUGUAACGAGAAUAGUGUUGCACUGUAAUCUAUCAUAUAGAGCUAUAUGUAUGGAAAAUUUUGAUCAAUUUUUUAAGAAAUGUAUCCUGUUUGCAAAGGCACAAUAAAGUUGCAUCUUAUAGACUAUAGGCAAUAAAGCUAACAAUAAACCUUAUUUAACACAAACCACAUCCAUAUCCUCUGUUCAUUUGAUUUUGGAAAAAGUCUAGCAUAUCCAGUAGUUUCAGGGAAUUCAUUUUAACUUUAAGAAUUCUGAUAUAUUUAAUUUAUAAAUUUCGGACUGAUACAAUAGAGUUUUGGAAAACUAUAAGAAAUGCUUUGUUAAUGUGUGUAUUCCUAUGUAAAACACAUGGCUUCUCCUGUGUAUAUUUUUAAAAAUUAAAGAAAUGCACAUUUAAAAAGUG